AUGGCUCGCUUCCUUCCAUUAGCUAUUGUCGCAUUACACUUUGUUAGCUUGCAAACAUUCUGUGAUGAUCAGCAACAACAAUGGUUCCAUCUUUACGCCGAACGCGCGGUUUACAUUAUCAACAACGUUCCUAAUCCGCCAUUGAAGUUUCGUUGCCAAUCCAAAGGUUAUGACUUAUUGAAUCGAACAAUCACCAAGGGUCAAGUUUUUUCUUGGACGUUUCGUCCCGGCCUUUUCUUGUUGACUCGCUACUCCUGUCAUUUCUACUGUUGUUUGCAAGACAAAAGUAUUGAUGUUUACAGUAAGCAAAUCGAUCAAUCCUGUAAAGACGAUAACGGCAAGUUUAACUGCUAUUAUCGUGUGCAACCUGACGGGUUGUAUUUUAGCAACGAUAACUUAAACUACAAACUAAUAAAUGACUGGGGCCCACCCAAAAAAACUGCUAGUACUACUGGGCACAACGAUUAG